ACCCCAACCCCACACCCACGAACCUCUAGCGCUCUCGAGCUCAACCACUACAUGCCACCUUCUGCGCACGACGCGCUCGCACCCCCUUACCAGCCCUCAAUAUGCAGGGCUUCAACAUGGGCAGAUACUACCCGCCCGACGCCGAAAACGCGCCCCGCUUCAACACGUCGCACCCACUCGGCCACCGCGCAAAGAAGAUCAACCAAGGCAUCCUCACCGUGCGCUUCGAGCUCCCCUUCGCCGUAUGGUGCGACCACUGCAACCCGCCCGCCAUCGUCGGCCAGGGCGUGCGCUUCAACGCCGAGAAGAAGAAGGUCGGAAACUACUACUCAACGCCGAUAUGGAGCUUCCGCAUGAAGCACUCCGCGUGCGGCGGGUGGUGGGAAAUCAGGACGGACCCGAAGAACGCUGAGUAUGUGGUCGUCGAGGGCGCACGCAGGAGAGACUAUGGAGAGCAGAAGGCUGGCGAGGAGGAGGGCGAGCUGAAGUUUUUGACCGAGGAGGAGAGGGAGAGGAGGCGGGUGGAUGCGUUUGCGAACUUGGAGGGUAAGAUGGAUGAGAAGGGGCUGGAGAAGAAGAAUAUGGAGCGGGUGGAGGAGCUGUACGAGAAGGCGGAGGUGUGGAGGGAUCCGUAUGAUGUGAAUGCGAGGCUGAGGCGCGACUUUCGCGCGCAGAGAAAGGUGCUACGCAGGGAGGAGAGAUACAAGGAGGGCGUGCAGGAGAAGUUCGGUCUGGGGAUCGAUAUUGCGGAUGCGACGGACGCUGAUCGUGUUCGCGCGAGCCUUGUCGAGUUUGCUGCUGCGGGGACAAGCGACCGUAAGGUCGAGGAGGCGUCGAGGAAGCCGCUCUUCGUGAGCCAAGAGACGAGUACGACUGUCGAGACACCCGCUAGAUUGAAGAAACUCAAAUCAGAGAUACUGGCGGAGAAGAGUCGGCAAAGUCUGCAACGGACGCUGGUUGGCAACACCAGAGCAUCCAUCGACCCGUUCCUAACCACCGAUGCGAAGACCAGCUCAAAGCAAAAUCUCGGAAUACUGAAGCGCAAGAGGGACGGACCCUCAUUGCAGAAACCACCGGCUGCCAUUCUUCAAACGCUAGACACACCUGAUGCGACGGCAGCGGAACCUCCGCCAAAGAAGCCUGUGCGGCCCGCGCUACUCGUCGAUUACGAUUCGGAUUGAACGCUAUCUCUUGCGAC